AUUGUUCAUGUAUUUGUGUGUGGCAUCGUGUCUACAAGUGGCUGCCGCCAGUGUCUGCAUGGCUAUGAUGAUACAUAGGGGCUAGUGUAGAAUUUUAAUUGCAGACAUGCUGCUGGUCAUUUUAAACAUCAUCUCGUUUGGUGGGCUGACUGACAACAUCAAUUUUAUGAAGAAAUGUAAGGAAGCUUUCUAUCCUGUAGCCUAACAUUAGGCCUAGUUUGUACAUCGAGGUGUAAAAUACAGAGCUACAUCUUUCAUGAUGAAUUUGUAGGCUAUUCGUGGGAACACAUGAACUUGUCCGUGACUUAGCUGAAAUUCCAACGCAAUCACCUAAUUCUGUUUUACCCUAUCAACCGAACUGUUUACUUUCAACGACUAGUCGUUGUCCGAGAAGCUGUUUUGGUAAAACAGUAAGGUAACUUGGAACUAAAUCCCACUCCCCUGCCACCCAGAGAAAAAAAAAACAUUCCAUGACUUCCAUGGUCAAAUGCGUGCUCGCGUGUUUAAUGAGUGCACUUUGUGGGACAAAAUUGUCUAACCGCUGACCUCUUGCAGUAUUGUAAUUAUAGUGGUCAGUUUGGGAAUGCCUCGUAUGGAGAUGGACCUUAGAGCAUUUCAGUUUGAAGGCCUAUCUUUCUUUCUUUUUUAAAAAAGGACCAGUUUCGCAGUCCGUGGCGAAGAUCAUCUCCUUUCAGCAGACGUAGGGACGCUGGACGUUUGCUCACAUCUACAUGCGAGUUUGGAUGUUUAACUUGAUUUUUUGCCCUGAUACUUUUACGACACAUAUAAAUCAUAGACCAUGGUUACAUGACCGGACUAGGCCAGCAUCUCAGACGCCAGGAGACAGUUGUGGGUUGUAUUUUUUUUUCUGCCAAAAGCAUUGAGACGCUCACUGAAUACCAAACUAUUCCAGUAGCUUCCUCAUCGUUUUGGUUUUGUGUCAUUUUCAACAACUUAAGUCUCGAAACCCUUUUGCCCCAGCAGCCAGUAUCCAGGUAAUAUGACUAGAAGAACAACAAAAUGGCUCCAGGGGAAUCUGCCAUGUAUUUUCCCAGCGGCGUCCAAGACUGCUGACCGGAGAUAAGGACCGACCCCCCCCUCUGGCUUCCUCUGGCCAGUCCAGUCAGCCGUGAAGCCUGCCGGGCGGUGAGGGUGGGAAGGAGGGAGGGAUGGGCAACCUGCGCCUCUUCCGCCUCUGCCUGCUGCUGGGCUCCGUCUUCAUGCUCUUCCUCAUCAUCCUGUACUGGGACGAGGUGGGCAACGCCGGGCUGCACCUGCGCUCCUCGCCGCCCGCUCCCCCUCCUCCUCAUCACGUGCUGGCGGCCGUCGGCGGGCCGCCGCCACCGGUCACCCCGCGGUCCCCCGCCGUCUCCACCUCCACCCAGCUGACCACGUGGACAAGCGAGGACAAGGGCUACGCCUUCGUCUGGGACACGGACGCCUUUGACCACGAGGUGAUGGCCGACCCGGACCCGCCAGAGAACCGGCCCACGAAAGACUCGGCGGCUCGACUGCGGCAGCGUCCGGUGCUGAAACCCCCGGGAGGUCCGCGGGAGUCCACUGCGCCACCCCCGCCUCAGGAGUCGGAGCUGGCGCCCACUCAGGCCAGACCGUCACGGCCACCCACCACCACGACCACAACUACCACCACCACCACCACCACCUCAACACCAGUAGCCUAUAGGAACCAGACCAGUAAGCCCACACCAGCACAGAGCAGAGUCGACAUCUACGUCAAGCCAUCGAGCCGCCCAGCACUCCCCGCUCCACCCACGCCCCCGUUCUUCAGCCUCCUGCAGCGCCAGGCGGAGCGCCGGCGCCACCUACAGGAGGCCUGCGCUGCGGACAGCGGCCUGGACUUCCCCGGGAAGCUGCGCUCCUUCGAUCAGAUCCCCAGCCAGGCCCUGGACCACCUGAUCGUGGACGACCGGCACGGCGUCAUCUACUGCUACGUGCCCAAGGUGGCCUGCACCAACUGGAAGCGCGUCAUGAUCGUGCUGGGCCAGAAGCUGGUCGCGGCGGCAGGGGGCAUCAUCAUCAACAACGGAGGAGGAGGAGGAGGGGGGGGCGGUGACCCCGACGACCCCAACGCGGCGCCAACGCCGUACCGGCGGCCUCAGGACGUGCCGUCGGAUCUGAGCCACAACGGCACCCUGCAUUUGACCUUCAACAAAUUUUGGCGCCGCUACGGCAAGGCGUCACGCAGCCUCAUGCAUGCCAAGCUGCGCAAGUACACCAAGUUCCUGUUCGUGCGCGACCCCUUCGUGCGCCUCAUGUCCGCCUUCCGCAACAAACUGGCCCAGCCCAACGAGGACUUCUACCGGCAGUUCGGCGCGCGCAUGCUUCGGCGCUACGCCAACGUCACCCAGCUCCCGUCCACGGCCCGGGAGGCCUUCAAGGCGGGUUUGCGGCCGUCGUUCGCCGACUUCGUCCACUACCUGCUGGACCCCGAGACGGAGAAGGAGGAGGCGUUCAAUGAGCACUGGCGGCAGGUGUACCGCCUGUGCCACCCUUGCCAGAUCGGCUACGACUUUGUCGGCAAGCUCGAGACGCUGGACGAAGACGCACGGCACCUCCUCCACAUCCUGGACGUGGACCGGCAGAUCCAGUUCCCUCCCGGCUACCGGAACCGGACAGCGGCCAGCUGGGAGCGCGACUGGUUCGCCAACGUUCCGCUCGAGGACAUUAGGAGGCUGUAUAAACUGUACGAGCCUGAUUUCCGGCUAUUCGGAUAUCCCAUGCCCGACACAUUGCUCCAUGAAUGACGCACACAGAUGUGAUACCAAUCCAGCACUUACUGACCCUCUACAAGGGUUACUCCAGUGAUGGUGUUUUCUUGUGUGACUGAAGAGGACUAAUGUUGACUAUGGAGGCUAUGGUAGCUAAGUUAAUGUCGCAGAGCUGCCAACUCUCACACAUUGAGAGUGAGAUUCAUUCAUUUAAUUGGCUCCACAUGCUCUUACACCAAUUGAAUGUGUGAGGGUUGGCAGCUCUGAAUGUUGAGUAAGGACUAUGGUAGCUAAGCUAACUUUGAGUAGGGAUGCUAUGGUCGCUAAGCUAAUGUUGAGUAAGGAUGCUAUGGUAGCUAAGCUAACGUUGAGUAAGGAUGCUAUGGUAGCUAAGCUAACGUUGAGUAUGGGAGCGACAGUAGCUUCCAAAGCAUCAAAGUUAUGAGAGUCAACAGUGAGUUGGCCAUUAGCCGUUCUACGCAACAGUGGCGCCACAUCAAAAGGUCUCUUCUCUAAUUAGUACUGCUAAGUGUAAGAACCGCGGAACCACACAGGACUAACUGCUAACCCGACAUGUUGUGGCUUGGGUCCCACACAAGCGAUUAAAAGGCAUAGAUUAGUGGCGCUUUGUCGUGAGCACUCCUAGCAGACCGUGCCUUCAAAGGGAGAGGAAUGUGUUGUUGUUAUUUGUUGUUGUUAUUUUAAAUGACAUGUUUUCUGUUUACGCAUUGUUACAUCUGUACUGUACAUGAUGUGAAGAGUGUUGUCCAUAAACAUCUGAUGUGGAACACCCUG